AUGGCCAUGCAAGGUAAACUUGCUUCAAAGGACAGACUGCUGAAAUGGAGUGUGGUGGAUAAUGCCACUUGUGUUCUGUGUAGAAAUGGGGCUCUUGAAUCUCAUAAUCAUUUAUUUUUCGAUUGCACAUUUUCUAGAGCUGUCUGGAAAGAGAUAUUGCAAAGGAUCCACAUUCACAGAGGCCCACUUAUGUGGGAAGAUGAAAAGAAAUGGUUCUUGCUACAUUCUAAGGGGAAGACAAUUCGGGAAUCUAUUCUCAAAUUGUCACUGGAUGCUACUGUUUAUGGAGUUUGGUGUGAGCGGAAUAUGAUGAUCUUUCAGCAGAAGAUGAUGGAGGCUGAUCUAUUGGGCUCCAAGAUUUGCAACAACAUUAGAGAUGCCAUGAUGGCUUGGCGAAAUAUCAAUUCCACGCAGGAGAACAAGGUCUUGUUUAGGGCUUGGGGAGUUCCUUUCCCACGGUUGAGUUCUACAGUAGAAGUUUAA